AUGGAUACAGUUAAACGAAAUCCAGAUAUCUCUGUGGAUGAUCUUCAGUCUGAGUUCGAUUACCAAAGUGAAGUAGAGCGCCAGAAACGGAAACGCUCUGAUCUCGACGACAAAAGCUUCAGUAGUCUGGAGAAGAAGCCGGGUCGAAAUGAAGCGCGCGCGUGGUUUCAGGACGAGCAUGGUCGUGUGCACAGACAGAUGUCUCGUAUGAUGGCGAUGGACGCUUACUCGCGUCAUAAAGAGUUAAUCAACUUAUACUAUCUGUCGCAUCCGGGAGCUACAAAAAUGCUUGAGAGAGACACUAGUAAGGAUCGGACUGACUAUGAUGUUCUGAAGGACAAUCAUAAGUUUUUGUGGAACGAGAAAGAUGAGGAAGCCGUAGCUACGAAGUACUGCAUUGCUGAUCUCACGUACUUCAAGAAGAAUAAGAUAGCGAUGAGGUGGAGGACGGAAGCGGAAGUUCGCUCCGGGAAAGGACAGUUCAUAUGUGGUGCAAGAAAGUGCCAGGUUGACAGUGAUUUGUCAAGUUGGGAGGUCAAUUUUGCAUACACAGAAGGUGGAGAAAGGAAAAAUGCACUUGUCAAAGUCCGGUUAUGUCGGCAGUGUUCUGAAAUGCUCAACUAUGGGUCUCAGAAAAGAAAAGUUGAGAAGAAAAGGGCAUCGAGGAAGGAGAAAAAGGCCUCGAAAGACUCUGGCGGCGAUUCGAAGAAGGAGGAAAAUGUAGAAAAGAAGCAAGAAGACACAGGUCUCGAAAUAAUAACAUACAAGAUAUGA